CUGCAAUAUGCAUUUCCUGAAAGAUAUGAAGUCUGAAUCUCAAAUGUCUGUCAUUAUUUAGAGACUUCAGUCCUCGGUGUUAUUCGAAAGACCAUGAAUUUUAUUAGGAACAGACCAAAAAUAUGAGGCAAAAUAUCUUGACAUUAUGCGAAAAUCUGGAUAGCUGAGAACAAAGUAAACCACUUUCGUGAACAGUAUGAAGAGUCACGCACUUCGGCAAACUUCGAAAACGUAACGAGGAAGUUCACUGCCAAAGAUUGUCUCCUCCUCUGGGUUGAUAUUUUACCGGUACUUUAAGUUCCGUGUUAAAAAAGGAGAAAAAAAACAGAUUGGGUUAACAAUGAGUUUAACUCCUCCACACAACUUCUCUUGGCUUGUGAAAGAAAAGCUGGCAGGGAUGGCCAUGCCAAGAGUGCCUGCUCAUUAUCAGUACUUGUAUGAAUAUGGCAUUCGACACCUGAUCACGUUAAGUGAACGGAAGCCUCCGUAUCAUGAUACUUGCCCUGGAAUACAGAUGCAUCACAUAAAAAUUGAUGACUUUUGUUCGCCUUCUUUGGACCAGAUUAAAAGAUUUCUGAAAAUCGUGGAAGAUGCAAAUGCCAAAGGAGAGGGUGUUGGAGUGCACUGUUUGCAUGGCUAUGGGAGAACUGGUACAAUGCUUGCCUGCUAUCUUGUAAAGCAUAAGAGAAUCACUGGAGUUGAUGCAAUUCAUGAAAUACGAGCACUUCGGCAUGGUUCAAUAGAGACAAGUGAACAAGAAAAAGCAAUCAUCCAGUUUCAUCACCAUAUCAAAUAAAUUGAUCUUGUCUAUAAAUUAACAGUAGUACUAUGUUUAAAUUUAGUUUCAAAAUUCUAUGCACUUUAAAUUUGUAACACAAAUGUACUGUAUUUUCAUGGUUCAUGGUUGUGGCUGACAAAAUGUAGAAUACCUGUUCCCUGAAAGGUGCCACCUGGAUAUGCAUUAAAUUCUACUGUGAGCACAGUUAAA